AUGGAAGAGGAAGAUGAGAGGGACAAAGAAGGGGAAAAGGAGAAUGAGGAAGAGAACUUAGGAGGAGGAGAUGGAGAGGAGGAUACCGAAAAUGGAGAGAGAGAGAAAAGGAAAAUCAGGAGGGAGGAGGAAAUGUGGAAGGUGGCGUUCUGGAAUGUGGCGGGCAUAGCAAACAAGGAUAAGGAAUUCUGGGAAGCGAUAAAAGAAUGGGAUAUAGUGAUAAUGAUGGAGACAUGGUUAGAUGAGAGGGGGUGGGAAAAGAUGAAAGAAAAGAUCCCAAGAGAAUACAAAUGGAGAGUACAGAUAGCGACCAGGAGGAACAAGAAAGGAAGAGCGAGUGGGGGUAUGCUGUUAGGAAUACGGAAGAGAAUAGAAGAGAUAAAGGAAGAAAGAAAGCUGGAGGAAGAUGAAGGUAAGAUCGAAUGUAAGAUAAGGAUAGGAGAAGAAAUAUGGAGAAUAAUAGGGCUUUAUGUAAAUAAUGAUAUAGACAGGAAACUGGAAGGCCUGAAGGAUAAGACGGAGGAGGGAGAAAAGGGAGUAAGGACUAUAAUAGGUGGGGAUUUCAAUGCGAGAACGGGGGAGGAAGGAGGUUGGGAAGAGGAGGACGAGGAAAGAGUGGAAGGUGGAGGGAGAAGAUCAAAAGACAAGAAAAUAAAUGGGGACGGAAGAAAGCUAUUGGAAUUCAUAGAGGAAAGAGGUUGGAUGAUACUAAAUGGAGGCGUGAAAGGGGAUGAGGAGGGUGAAUUUACGUACACAGGAGGGAGAGGCGAGACAGUUAUAGACUACGUGAUAGGGGAGGAGGAGGUUAGAGAAAGGGUAGAAAGAUUGGAGGUAGGAGAAAGAGUGGAUUCAGAUCAUCACCCAGUAACAAUAUGGAUGAGGGGUAAACUUGAGAAAGAUCAGAGAAAAAGAGUAGAGGAAAGAGCUAGAAGAAGAGGAAUAUGGAGCGAAGGGGGAAGAACGCAAUUUAAAGAGAGAUUAGGAACGAUAAAGGGAGAAGAAAGAGAAAUACAAGAGGAGAUAGAAGUAGGAAGCGCAAGGAUAAGAAAAGUAAUAGAAGAGAACGAAAAUGAGGGAGGGAGAAGGGAUAAGAAUGGAAGAGGAUGGUGGGACGAAGAAUGUAAGGAGAAGAAAAGAGAGAUAUACACAGCGAUACUUGCAGAAAGGUUAAGGAAGGAGGUCGAGACAAAGAACUUGAUUCCAGAGAAUCAGGCAGGAUUCAGAAAAGGGAUGGGGACAAUGGACCAGAUAUUCGCGCUGAAUUAUCUGGUAAAUAGACAAUUGGGUAAGGAGAAAGGAAAGAUGACAGUAUUUUUCAUAGAUUUGAAGGCGGCCUUCGACUCAGUGGAUAAGGAAGUACUAAUCAGGGCGAUGACUGAGAGGGAAGUGAGGCAGGGUUUAAUAGACAGGGUUAAAGAG